AUGACACCUUCAAGGGUUUUUCCAUCAAUUGACCUUGCCUACCUUGAGGAUAAAUAUUCUGGGUUAUCAACUCAGGCACUACUAAAUAUCUGGUCCUCUCUAAAGCAUGACGCGGGCAAUACACACAAAUUGAAUGGCACGAAGAUAUGGGCUGCCACAAACCCUCGAGGCACCGAAACGCUUCCCCCAGGCAUCGUUACAGCAGAGUCUGAUCUUUAUCUCCGCAGAUUAUGGGGUCAACCAAGUGAGGACUUGAUUGUCAGACCAAGAUACCUCGUUACCUUUACUGUUGGCCUUGAUCAGAAGAAUAAUAUUGAUGCUGCUGCAAAGAAGUUGUCAGAAAAUUUUACCAUCCUGCUUUUUCACUAUGAUGGUCGGACCAGUGAAUGGGAUGAGUUUGAGUGGUCUAAGCGUGCCAUCCAUGUCAGUGUGCGUAGACAAACUAAAUGGUGGUAUGCAAAACGCUUUCUGCAUCCCGACAUCAUAGCCCCUUAUGACUACAUCUUUAUAUGGGAUGAGGACCUAGGGGUAGAUGAUUUUGACUUUGAGGAAUACAUAAAAUUGGUGAGGAAGCAUGGUUUGGAAAUUUCACAACCUGGUUUAGCACCAAAUAGUGGAUUAACAUGGCAGAUGACCAAGAGAGUAAAUGACACGGAAGUUCACAAAGAAACCGAGGAAAGACCUGGAUGGUGCAAUGAUCCUCAUUUGCCCCCAUGUGCAGCGUUUGUUGAGAUUAUGGCACCGGUCUUUUCUCGUGCGGCAUGGCGGUGCGUCUGGCACAUGAUUCAGAAUGACUUAGUCCAUGGAUGGGGUCUUGAUUUUGCUCUUAGGAAAUGUGUCGAGCCUGCUCAUGAAAAGAUAGGAGUUGUAGAUGCUCAGUGGAUUGUUCAUCAAACUGUUCCUUCACUUGGGAACCAGGGUCAAUCGCAAGAUGGCAAAGCACCAUGGGAAGGGGUAAGAGAAAGAUGUAGAAAUGAAUGGACGAUGUUUCAGGAUCGGUUGAAUGCUGCAGAGAGAGCCUAUUAUCUGGAGAUGGGAAUUGAUCCCCCCAACUCCACUGUUCAUUGGACUUGA